GGUAUGGGGGGUAUCGGAAAGACAACCCUCGCCCAGCUCGUUUACAAUGAUAAACAAGUGAAAAACUUUUUCGAUCUGAAAGCAUGGGCUUGUGUUUCUGAAGAUUUUGAUGUUGCUAUAGUUACAAAAACAAUUUUACAAUCUAUCACGAGUUCAGAAAAUUGUGAUGGCAAGGAUUUAGACUGGUUACAAGUCAAACUUAAGGAGCAACUAUAUGGCAAGAGGUUUCUAGUAAUUCUUGAUGAUGUUUGGAACGAGAAAUACAAUGAUUGGAUUCUCCUACGUACUCCGUUUGAAGCAGGGGCUCCUGGAAGUAGUAUCAUCGUCACAACUCGUAAUCGGGGAGUAUCAUCACUGAUGGGAACCAUUAAAGUUGAACCUUUUCAGUUGGAGGUGUUGCCAACUGAUGCUUGUUUGUCCAUAUUUUCCCAACAUGCAUUGGAUGCAAAAGACUUUAGUGCACAUCCAGACCUUAAAGAUAUUGGGGAGGAAAUUGUUAGAAAAUGUAAAGGCUUGCCUUUGGCUGUAAAAACUGUUGGAGGCCUCUUACGCAGUACACAAGACCGCAAUGAGUGGGAUAAAGUUUUGAAGAGUAAGAUAUGGGAUAUACCAGAAGAGAGAAGUGGAAUUGCUCCCGCUCUUAUGUUAAGCUAUCACAAUCUGCCUUCACAUUUAAAGAGAUGUUUUGCUUAUUGUUCUAUACUUCCAAAAGAUUAUGAAUUUAGGGAGAAGGAGGUGGUUCUAUUAUGGAUGGCAGAAGGUUUGAUUCAUCCACGACAAGAUGAAGAGGAAAUGGAAGAUUUGGGUAGCGAGUAUUUUCGCAAUCUCUUGUCAAGGUCAUUUUUCCAACAAUCAUCACGCUAUGAUAAAACACGAUUUUUUAUGCAUGACCUUAUCAAUGAUUUGGCUCAAUCGGUUGCAGGCGAGACAUGCUUUAGAAUGGAAGAUAGGGUUGGGGGUAGUUGGCAUGAGAAUCUCCCUAUAAAGGCACGCCACUCAUCUUACUUGGGUAGCCAAUAUGAUGUUGCUAAAAAGUUUGGGGUUUUUUCUAAACUCAUUAGUUUACGUACAUUCUUACCUCUCAUGCUACCAUAUUUAGGUUGUUGCUAUUUGGCUCGUCAUGUUCAAUGUGAAUUGGUUCCAACAAUACGAUGUUUAAGGGUGCUUUCUUUCAAUGGGUACCGUAUAACUGAACUAUCGGAUUCUAUCAGUGAUUUAAAGCAUCUACGGUACCUUAACCUUUCCCAUACUCAAAUUAGUAGCCUGCCUGAAUCAAUAGCUACUCUCUACAACUUGCAAACAUUGUUGUUGGAGAUGUGCCUUCAUCUAAAGAAAUUACCUUCAAUGUUAUGCAACUUGGUCAACCUGCGGCACCUCAAUAUUGUAGGUGCAAAUCGUUUGGAAGGAAUGCCUAUGCAAAUAGGUAAAUUAACUUGUCUCCAAACACUGACUAAUCUAAUUGUGGGAAAAGACAAUUGCUCAGGGGUAAAGGAGCUUGGGCGUUUGAAGCAUCUUAAAGGGGAACUCAACAUUUCAAGAUUGGAGAGUGUGAUUGAACCAAAGGAUACAAAGGAUGCUGAAUUAACUAAAAAGAUCAAAAUUAGUGCGUUGUCGUUGGAAUGGAGUAGUGACAUUGAUGAGUUGAAAGACAGGACAAGUGAACUAGAGGUACUAAAUGGGCUACAGCCUCAUGGCACUUUGACGGAGCUGGGUAUAAUUGACUAUGGUGGUACAGAAUUUCCUAUUUGGUUAAAACCAGCCCCUUCAUUUCCUCAUAUGGUCUCCUUGAAAAUAAGAAAUUGUCGCAAAUGCACAUUACUACCUCCAUUGGGGCAAUUGCCAUCACUCAAAACUCUUUCGAUAUCUGGCAUGGAUAGCGUGAAGAGUGUUGGUUCUGAAUUUUGCGGCAAUAAUUGUUUUGGACAAUGUUUUAGAUCCUUAAAGUAUUUGAGUUUCGAGAACAUGAAGGAGUGGGACAAUUGGAGUCCUUGUGAAGAAUUCCCAAAUCUGCAGUCGCUUUCCCUUCGUAAUUGUCCAAAGCUAUUAGGGAAGUUACCAAACAACCUUCCUUUACUAAAGAAUGCUUCUAUAGAUUAUUGUGCGCAGUUGGAGGUUUCACUUUCUUGCUUUCCAGAUAAAUGCAGACUUAAUACUGAGAGAUCCAAUGGGGUGGUGUGUGGAAGCAAGGUUAGAUUCAAAUUAAUAGACUUAUCCAGAUCACUUUCACCAAUUUCAGAUGAAGGGCUUGAUAUGGAAGAGCUGGCAGAGUUGGAAUGGUUAUCUAUUAACAACUAUGAGGAGGUGACGAAUUUGUGGUCAGACAACAUGGGAUCACUGCCACAUCUCCUAUUUCUGAGUUCUCUCCACAUUUGUCAUUGUCCCAAACAAAUCUCUUUGGUGGCGGAAGAAGUUGAUCAAGAGCGUCUCCAACUUAGAAUCACAGGUAUUGUUAUCGAAGAUUGCAUGGCCUUGGAAUCAUUACCCAAUGCAUUGAUGUACAACAACACGUGUCUUCAGUUUAUUUGUAUCAUUAAAUGUGAUUCGCUAACGCAUUUUGCAAGAAGCCAUAUGCCUCCAACUUUAAAGAAGCUAGAUAUAAGAGACUGCAAGAGUAUGAGGAAUUUGGUGGAUGAUGAUGAUAAUGAUACAAACAACAACAGUAAUUGCAAUAGUGGCAUCACAUCUCUUCUUGAGGAAUUGGACGUUAGCAAUUGUCCAUCCCUUGAAUCCUUAACAUCAAGUGGAGAAUUACCUACCACACUUCUACGCCUCAAUAUUCGCGAAUGUCCGAAGCUGGAGUCAGUAGCAAAGAGUUUUCGUCACAAUUCGUUUCUAGAGACCAUCACCAUCUCCAAUUGUGAAAAUCUUCAAUUGUUGAAUGGUGGUGAGUUGCUCCUCCCUUCCAACCUAAGAGGGCUUGAUAUAUCUGGCUGUGAGAAAAUGCAGGGACUACAAAAUGGCAUAUACAACCUCACCUCUCUUCGAGAUCUGAAAAUACAGAAUUGUCCGAGCAUUUUAUCAUUUCCCAAAGAAGGUUUUCCCACAAACCUAACAAUUCUUAGCAUCUCUCAUCUUAAAAUCACUCAAGCCAUGUUCGAUUGGGGGCUGGACAAUCUCACUUCUCUUAAUGAACUUCAGAUUGGUGGAUGUCAGCAUCUAGUGUCUUUUCCAAAACUCACAUCUCUUAAAACAUUGUGGAUCUUUGACUGCAAGAACCUCACAUGUUUUCCAGAGGAUGGUCUGCCUCUCUCACUCGUAGUGCUUCGUAUCUCUAAUUGCCAAAAGUUGAGGUCCUUUCCAAAGAAUGGCCUGCCUCCCUCACUUGUAGAGCUUUGUAUCUCUAAUUGCCAAAAGUUGAAGUCAUUUCCAAAGAAUGGCCUACCUCCCUCACUCCAGCAACUUGCAAUUGAUGAAUGUCCACUGCUGGAAGAACACUGCAAGAAAGAUCAGAGAGGAGAGUGGAGCAAGAUAGCUGACAUCCCUUAUGUUGGAAUUAAUGGCAAAUACAUUUUUGGCACAGAUACGAUGGAAUUAAUCCAAAGAUAA